GAAAGAACACACGCAAGAAGCUGUCAGUGCCUCAGGUGCAUUAAAUAAAUAUACUCAGCCCAGCAGCAACAUGUUUCUGGUUAAAAUGUGGAUCUGUGCUGGCCUCGUGCUGUCCCUCCCUCGCUCUACGGAUCAGUCGUGUACAGAGGGGACACCGAAACAAUGUGCAGAUGCAGAAUUUGCUCCAGGAGCCAAUUUGGCUGGGGAAGGCUUCGACAUCACCAAAAUGGAGCGUAAGGGGGCCUUUGUGCUCAACAUGAAUCUGUGGAAACGCAAAGAUAAAACAUGCAUUCUGUGCAGCAACCCCUUCAUGGAGAACAGAAAGCAAAAGCUGCCCAUGUCGGUGGUGGACUGGAGGGCAAAGCAGUCCUGCAGCGCGAGAGUUUCCACUAAACUUCACAAAUCCAGUGAUUCUCUUGUUGAUUCAAGUGUCUCCUCUGUGGAAAACAACUGGAAGAUGAAUCUAGAUCUUAAGGCGGGAAGUAAAGGUGCCUCACUGAUGCUGGCUGGCACCAAUUCAAAGCUGUCUAGUUACUCCAUGGAAAAAACAAAGAAUGAUAAAUUCAGCUUUGCAAGCCACAGCAUGUCCUGUGAGUAUUACAGCUACAGAGUGUCCAGGAAGCCAAAGUUACACAGAGAAUUUUACACAGCAGUGAAAAAACUUCCCAAAACCUACAGACCAGAAACCAAACAACAGUUUUACAAACUCAUUGAUGACUUCGGGACCCAUUACAUCACCAAGGUGAAACUGGGGGGAAGUAUUGAGUCUGUCACCAGCAUCAGACAGUGUGAGGCCAGCCUUCAAGGGCUCAGCGCUGAAGAGGUGCAGAUGUGCCUGGAAGUUGAGGCAUCUGCAAGUAUUAAAGCCACAAUAAGUACUCAAACAAAGCACUGCAAAAAGGACAUACAGCAGACAGACAGUAAGUCAGCCUUCUCCAGCCUCUUCAAUGACAGGUUCACUGAAAUAAGGGGUGGCCAUACCACGGAGCCAGAUCUUCUCUUCUCCGCUAACAAAAAUCCAGCAGCCUACAAGGAAUGGCUGGAUACACUUCCAAAUAAUCCAGACAUUGUGUCAUAUUCCCUGGAUUCCCUUCAUGAGUUACUACCUACCACAGCCAAAGUUCGAAAAAACCUGCGCUCUGCCAUUAGCCAUUACAUCCUGGAGAAAGGCCUGUGGAGAAACUGCAGCGAUCGCUGUAAGGCUGGCAUUGGGAGCGACUCGAGGGAUCCCUGUGUCUGCCAGUGCCACAAUGACCCUGCUGUGACCCAAGAUUGCUGCCCAACCCGUAAGGGCAUGGCACGAGUCAUCAUAACAGUACAGCGGGCCACUGGACUCUGGGGGGACCACACCACAGGUACAGAUGGCUAUGUGAAGGUGUUUUUUAACAAACUGCAAGUCCGGCGUUCUCCUGUCAUUUAUAACAACAACAACCCACACUGGGCCAUGGUCGUCGACCUGGGUCCACAGGAUGUGUCAUCGGGUAAACUGAGAUUUGAAGUUUGGGAUGAGGACAACAAGUGGGAUGACGACCUGUUGGGAGAAUGUGAGGCAGUUUUGACUGCUGGAGUUAAAGAGGAUCUCUGUAACCUGCAGCAUGGCUGGCUGUUCUACAAAUGGGAAGUGCAGUGUGCGCCGAGUUUGAGCGGAAAGUCGUGCAUGGACUAUAAACCUUCACCUAUGAAUCCAAGUCUGAAGAAGCUAUAUGUGUCCCGUCAUGCCCAUCCUAUUCCGAAGGCCAUCUUGUCAGAGAUGGGGGUGUUUGUGGACAAAUCAAGCUCAUGGAAAAACCAGAGUGUUACUGCCGGGAGUCACAAGUAUGAUGUAAUAUUGGUGUAAUGUGAUGGAAAAUUGGCUUCACUAAAGCUUAAAGGUAUCAGCAGAUUUUUUAUUAUAUUCUUGAUGUUAGUUUAAACCACAUGUGGCAGCCCCUAAAGGGAGCAGCCUAAAGAAGAAGUAGUUUAAACCACGUAUAAAAAUCAAGGCCCACGGACCAAACGGUGUGUAUGCAUUCUCCGCACGGGGUCUUGCCACCUCAUGGUCUUUAUGGCACAGUGUCCUCUUGGACAAACC